AAAGGCUCCUGUUUAUUUCAUUCUCAGCUGUGGAAGUGCGCACGGUUAAAAUGGCUGUUAACUGGAAGACGAGCUCGUUGUUUCUCGCUCUGUUUUUUGCAGUAGCUGCGGUCUGUGCCAAUGGAUCAAUUCCUGGAGCCCCGGUCGACGCAGACAUUGGAGAUGACGGGGUUAAGGAUGCGUUGAAGUUUGCGGUCACCGAAUUUAACAAAGCUAACAAUGAUGUGCACCUCUACAGGGUCUCAAAAGUCGUCAGGGUGCAGACGCAGGUUGUUGCAGGAAUCAAGUAUAUUAUGACAGUGAAGAUGGGUCGCACAUCCUGCAGAAAGGGAAAAACUGGGAACAUCGAGCUGUGUGCAUUCCAUAAUGGGCCUCAACUGGCUAAGACUUCCACCUGCACCUUUGAAGUUUGGUCCCGCCCCUGGAUUCCAGAAACUCGGCUGCUGAAAAGUACUUGCACUUAAAAAGCUCAAGUUUGAUCUUGCUGGAAUGUAAUGCUAAAGCAGUUUUUUAAAACUAACUAUAUUAACAAUUCACUUUUAAAGAACUAAACCAAAGCAGGCACUGGGAGUAUUAUAUAAUAAUGAACACUUUUUUGUAGGGUUUACUGUUGUUACUGAAACGCAUUUUCUGUUUUUAAGCUGCCUCUAAAUGUAUUUUCUAGAUACUGCUAAGCAAUACAAUUCUGUACCUUCAGUUUAAACAAAAUAAACACUUCCUAGAAA